GGAUUUAUUUUUGAGGCGCACCGCGGCACAAGCGCCUCACACAAAAUCCACCCUAAUUAUUCUUAACGUGCUAUUUUCUACUUUAAUGCAACAAAUCUCGUUCUAUAACAGUCGAAAAGCAAAACACGUCUGUAUUAGUUAUGUCAACAAAUCAUUAGCAGUUGUGCAGCGAACUUUAGCUGUAGUUUAGUAUUUGUUCAGUCCCCGUUGCUCUGAUCGACAGGAGCUGCAGUGAAAAUGGUCCCUCGUUUAAAGAUCAGAAACGCUUUCUCGAAUGUUGUCUUCGCCUCGCUCGUCGCUGCAGUCUGUGUAAGUGUGGGCUUUAGUGGGAGUGCAGAGAUUGACGCGCGGAAAUGUUUAGUUUGGGGUCCUGGACUGAGCCCAGAUGCUGUACUUCCGGUCAGAUACUUCUACAUCCAGAGCGUGGACUCACAGGGACACAACAUCAGUGCGUCUCCCGGUCCAGACUCGUUCAGAGUGAAGGUCUGGUCUCUGGAGAAGGAGUUUGUUCGUGUCCAUGUCCCGGCUCCUUUAGAUCGGGGCGACGGCUCUCUUCUGGUCAGAUACAGACUCUACGGAAGCUCCUCCAAGGGUCUGAAGAUUGAAGUCUUGUAUCAAGACGAGCCUGUGGCACACUCUCCCUACACUCUCAAGGGUCCGGUGUAUCACGAGUCCUGUGUGUGUCCUGAGCCGGAUCCGCUCGUCUGGAGGAGCGCUCUGCAGUGUCCCGAGGACGAGCCGCAGAUCCAGCAGGACUUCCUGUCCUUCCCGUCCAUCGACCUCCAGCGGCUCCUGCAGGAGGUUCCUGAGCGCUUCUCCAGACGAGGAGGACUGCUGCACUACAGCCUGAUCCACAACCAGCUGCACCGCCGCUCGCUGGGCAAGUACACCGACUUCAAGAUGUUCUCCGACGAGAUGCUGCUGUCCCUCGCACGCAAGGUGAAGUUACCGGAUGUGGAGUUUUAUAUUAAUGUGGGAGACUGGCCGAUGGAGGACAGGAAGGCGGGAGAUGAACCCGGUCCGCUGCCCAUCAUCUCGUGGUGUGGCUCCACGGACACGCGUGACAUCAUCCUCCCCACGUAUGACAUCACACACUCGUCUCUGGAGGCCAUGAGGGGCGUCACCACUGACCUGCUGUCUGUGCAGGGCAACACAGGUCCUGUGUGGUCAGAUAAAACGGAGAAGGCGUUCUUCCGAGGCCGGGACAGUCGAGAGGAGCGUCUGCGUCUGGUCACAAUGUCCAAAGAUAAUCCAGAGCUGCUCGAUGCGGGAAUAACUGCAUAUUUUUUCUUCAGCGACCGAGAGAAGGAUCUGGGAAAAGCACCUCUGGUGGGAUUCUUCGACUUCUUUAAGUACAAAUACCAGGUGAACGUGGACGGGACGGUAGCGGCCUACAGGUUUCCGUACCUGAUGCUGGGGAACAGCUUGGUCUUCAAGCAGGACUCGCCGUACUACGAGCACUUCUACACACAUCUGAAAGCAGGAGUGCACUACAUCCCUGUGAAGAGAGACCUGUCUGACCUCCUCCAGAAGAUCCGCUGGGCUCAGAAGAAUGACACGCAGGUGGAGGCCAUAGCGAAGAGCGGACAGUCGCUGGUCAGAGAUCUGCUUCAGCCUCACAGACUCUACUGCUAUUACUACAGCGUACUUCAGACGUACGCAGCUCGUCAGAGCACACGGCCUGUGGUUCAUCCCGACAUGGAGCUGGUUCCUCAGCCGUCUGAUCCCAGCGCUCUGUGUGACUGCCAGCGGUCUCCAGACGAGCUCAAACCCCAGCAGAAGAGCGAGCUCUGAGGACCAGUGACACCCAAUCAGGAUCAAGGAUGAGGACCAGUGACACCCAAUCAGGAUCAAGGACAGGGCGGCUGAGUUCUGCUGGGAGUGAUGUGUUUAACACAUAAUGAUGUGCAUUAAUCCCACUGUUUUAAAUGACGUUCUUUUCCUUUUUGCAUCUGAUUUCUGUUUGAUUAUGUUAUUGAACCAAGUUUGUUUUUUGUUCCCCUCUUGUUUCACCUUCCUAGGAUUUAUUUAAGUGUAACCAGGUUGAGGAUAUCAUGUCACAUCAAAUGAGUUUUAACGAAUGCUUUAAAUGAAGCACAUGUAAGCUGAGCAUUAUUUGGUGCACGGGCCACACUCAAGCACAAUAUCACACACACAAAAAAAUAUAAACCAUACUUCGAAUCAUUGGAUUCUUUGAGGUCUGUGCAGCUGAUGAAAUGAAGCCCAAGCAGCGCUUCGAUUCUGAUGUUUUAUGUGCUUGCCUUAAACUUAAACACAUUCCAUUGGUUUCAUUUGUGCCUGAUCAGCUCGAGCUCAUGGGAAACCAGAACUACAGUAUUUUACCAUUUUGUAUGAAUUUGUGCUGUGUGAAUCAUGCAAAAACAUGAUUUUUUAGAAAUAAAGCAAGAUUAGACAAAAUUUCACAAAUUGGCCACUAGUUCACCAAAAUGUGAAAAAGUUAAACUGCCAUGAGAUUGUGAUGUCUUGCUGUAUGAGACUUUUGGAAAACUCUGUGAUAGAUUUUGUUUUGAACCGGACAUACUUUUUGUAUUAAUGUUUCUAUGUGUGUACGCAUUAAAGAAAUAAUUCACCCCAAAAUAAAAAUUUGCUGAAGAUUUA